UUGUUCAUAUUUAUACCUACGUUUUAUAUAAUAUUUUGAAAAAUAUAAUAACAAAUUGGUUAUAAGGUAUACCCUCACUCGUAAUUAAAAUAUACGUACUAUGUAGUAAAAGUUAUUUUCCUUCAUUUGAUAAAAGGUAGGUAACAUUUUUAAAAAACUUUAUUUUAUUUUUUAGAACUGAAACUGAAGACAAAGUUAACACAAUUGAUAAAGAAAUAAAAACUGAAGUAAAUUGUAUUGACUGUUUUGCAUUUGAAGGAACAGCUUUAAGCGAAAGCAAUUCUGCUGAUAUCAUAACUACCUGCCUAAGGAAAAAUCCAUUGGAUAAUAACAGUGAUAAAAUGUCUACAGCAUCCAAAUUAAGGAAGCAUACAAGUACGCAAACCGGUGAAAAAACGUAUGAAUAUGAAGACUGUGAUCAAGCUUUUUCCCGAAAAUCACUUUUAACGAUCCAUACAAGGAUAGAUACCGGCGAAAAACCGUACAAAUGUAAUACCUGUGAUCAACCGUUUUCUAGGAAAUCAGCUUUAAUUUGUCAUACAAGGAAACAUAUUGGCGAAAAACCGUUUAAAGAGAAAGUUAACACAAUUGAUGAAGAAAUAAAAACUGAAGUAAAUUAUGUUGACGGUUUUGAAUUUGAAGGAACAGCUUUAUGCGAAAGCAAUUCUGCUGAUAUCAUAACUAACUGCCGAAAGAAAAAUCCAUUGGAUAAUAACUGUGAUAAAAUGUCUACAGCAUCCAAAUUAACAAAGUAUACAAGGAAACGUACCGUUAAAAAGCCGUAUAAAUGCGAUAACUGUGAUCAAGCUUUUUCUCAGAAAUCACAUUUAACGAGGCAUACAAGGACACACGCCGGUGAAAAACCGUAUAAAUGUGACGACUGUGAUAAAGCGUUUUCAUGGAAAUCACAUUUAACAGAACAUACAAGGACACAUACCGGCGAAAAACCGUACAAAUGUAAUAGCUGUGAGCAAGCGUUUUCUCAUAAAUCAAGUUUAAUAAGACAUAAGAUGAUACAUACCGGCGAAAAACCGUACAAAUGUAAUACCUGUGAUCAAGCAUUUUCCCGGAAAUCACAUUUAACGACGCAUACAAGAAAACAUACCGGCGAAAAACCGUACAUAUGUAAUACCUGUGAUCAAGCAUUUUCUCAUUAUUCAAGUUUAAUAAGACAUAAGAUGAUACAUACCGGCGAAAAACCGUACAAAUGUAAUACCUGUGAUCAAGCAUUUUCCCGGAAAUCACAUUUAACGACGCAUACAAGGAAACAUACCGGCGAAAAACCGUACAUAUGUAAUACCUGUGAUCAAGCAUUUUCUCAUUAUUCAAGUUUAAUAAAUCAUACAAGGACACAUACCGGUGAAAAACCGUUUAAAUGUGAUAGCUGUGAUCAAGCGUUUUCGCGGAUAUCAAGUUUAAAAUAUCAUACAAGUUUACACACCGGUGAAAAGCCGUUUAGAUGUGAUGACUGUGAUAAAGCGUUCCCUCGGAUAUCAGAUUUAAAAUAUCAUACAAGGAUACACACUGGUGAAAAACUGUUUAAAUGUAAUAACUGUGAUCAAGCGUUUUCUCGGAAAUCACAUUUAACGAGGCAUACAACAAUACACACCGGUGAAAAGCUGUUUGAAUGUGAUACAUGUAAUCGAGCUUUUACUCUUAAAAGAACUUUAGAAAUGCAUACGACGACACAUAUCGGUGAAAAACCGUUUAAAUGUGAUAACUGUGAUCAAGGGUUUUCUUUAAAAUCAACUUUAAUACGCCAUAAAAAGAUACAUACCGGCGAAAAACCGUUUAAAUGUGAUGACUGUGAUAAAUCGUUUUCUCAGAAAUCAAAUUUAACGAUCCAUACAAGGAUACAUACUGGCGAAAAACCAUAUAAAUGUGAUAACUGUGAUCGAGUGUUUUCUCAGAAAUCAGCUUUAAUUUAUCAUACAAGGACACAUUGUGGCGAAAAACCGUUUAAGUGUGAUACAUGUAAUAGAGGUUUUGCUCUUAAAGAAGCUUUAAGGCGGCAUACAAUGACACAUACCAAAUAAAUACCGUAUAAAUUCAAUAUCUGUUACCAAUUGUUUCCUCUUCGAUCACAUUUAAAAAGUUAGACAUCGAUACAUGCCGAAGAAAUCUGUAUAAAUUAGGACGUAUUCGUGAUAUUACGUUUUCUAAAGCGACUAAAGUAUCUAAUUAAAAAACUUAACGAGGUGACCAUACCCGGAAAAGUCUUUAAAAAUACAUCAUAUAAUUCAAGACAUAUAAAAAUUGUUUUCUUACCUACAAUUCAUUUUAUAAUUUAAACAAUAAUAUCAGUUCUUUAUCAUAAUUUAUCAACAUAAUAUAACAUUAGUUCACUACGAAAAUAAACAAUUACCAAAUAUUACAAUACCAAUUUAACAAAAAAGACACACCCCAUGUCUGAUAUCAUCAAACGUUCUACGUAAUAAUAAACAACGAAUUCAUAUACUACAUCCCCUUCUAUACAGACGCUUCUAAAAUAACAAAUGAAACCGGUUUCAUCAUUACACACACCGAAGAUAACAGUUUCCACUAUCAUCUAUAAUAUAUAGAAUAGAAAUAGAACCUAUAAUCUCAUUCUCCACAAACCAUAAUAAUGUCGUCAUCUUAAGCGACUCUGAGCGAAAUCACCUCAAUUACCUAUGUGCAUACAAAAUUCAACCUCGCCCGAAGCAUUAAAAAUACAAUCCUUGCACAAAACUAUCAAAAUCAUGUGGGUUCCAUCACAGAUUUUAUCAAGAUACCCUGACUCACGGUGAAUAUCUGGAACAAUGGAUCAACGACACCUCACUAUAACAAUUAAAUAAAUCUUUAAAGAGAGUUUUAAAAUUUGAAUGUAACGAAAUUAUGGAAUCGAUUGUUGGCUAUAAAACCUUAUUGUAUUUGAAACCUUAAAUAAAAAAUAAAAAAAAAAUACAUAAAACAUAUUCAUAUUUUUAUUGCUUUUCUUCAAUUUAAUCAUUAAUAAAGUAUUAUUAUUUGAGUUAUCAAACUAACCCUGUCACGAGAGAAACCGCCCAUACUGCAUACAAAUAUUUCCUAAUUAUGGUAAAAAUACUUUCAGGAAAA